AUGGAGUUCACUUUCGAGGAUGCAGAGGAACUGUGCUCGCUCGUUUCGAGCCAGCAAUCCCAAGUCGACGAGAAGCGGAGGUGGCUGGAGUUGAUGAUCCUCAAACCGGAUGGCUGCAUCAGGCGUGCGAAGCGACCCAAGUUUUUGGAUGACGUGUACUUGCCAGAGUCAUAUAUCAGGAGUGAAGAAAUAUCUUGCGAGAAAGUGAGAGGUAGCAUUAAAAAAGUUUGGAGUUCAGAGUGCAAUGGCUAUACCCAUCACUUAGUUCAGGAGGGCCUCCAGCUUUUUAAUUUCCAGAAGAAGGAAAAUGAACCACUUGGUCCAGAAUAUCUUGGUGUCAUGCAGGACACAAUCAGCAAAUUGACCUAUGAAACACUUCAUUCAGUGGCUUGUAUCGUCAGUCAUAACAGGUUUACUUUUGAUAAGACUAGGUCUGUAAUGGAAAAUCUUGUAAAAUCUCACCUUCCAAGUUACUUGGCCAGCUUGGAUCAGAAAGACAUCGUAUGCCAGCUAUUCAAUAUUUUUAGAAAUCCAUGCAGCUAUCGAUCUGGUUCUGUGAGGCUUGUCACACCUGUGUCACCACAACUUUUGUCUGCUAUCAAUCAUGCGUUGGAUGAGCUUGAAGGAAUGCCCAUGCAGGGUCUUCUUGCAAUGAAUAGGAAGAUUAGAGGAAAACCGUGUACCCCCAAAUUUGGAUUAAUUGCUCGCUCUUCCACAAGAGCACAUAUAAUCAAAAUGGUAAGGAAAAGGUGCAACAAGAUUUUAACAGAACUUGAGGAAGGUAAUUACCUGCCAAAGAAAUUAGCAAAGGCAAUGUCAGUGGUGAACCUAUAUCAGAAGCAAAAGCUGAGAAGCGUGAGUAUUUCGCAAUCAGAGUUCUUCCCCUUUGCAAAAGAAACUAUAUCUUUGCAGAAUGAUAUCCUGAAUGCCCUUUGGUCACUUCCAAAAAUCAAGCAUGAGAAGCUGAAAUUACUGCGCCCCAUACUGGAUCAUGAUUCUAAAGUUGAAAGGACGCACUUAAGAGCAGCUUUGAGGACCUACUUGUCAGAAUGUUUGUUUGGAUGUGAUGAUGAUCUACCAGAUGAGGCCCUCCGAGCCAUAGCCUUUAUAAAUCGGAUUUCUAGAUGUCAGCAUGUUGUGUUAACAGAAGAGAGGAAGGAGGCUGAGGUUGAUGCUGUACUGAACUUAAGCAGUCAUCUCAAAGCUUUAGCACAUUGUUGUAUAGAAGAAUGUUCAUGCGAAGAGUUGAUUAGCUUAGGGAAUGAUUGCUGCAAUGAGGAUAACGAUUUCAUACUUUCUGGGACCAACUACUUCAAUUUAAGCUCCGAGCAUCAGGAGAUGCAUGAGCCUUGUCGUUCUAGUAGUUUAUUGGGCAUUGAUAUUACGAGAUUGAGUUGCUGGGGUGAAACUAUUGGCGAUACACAUAAUGUCUCGAGAGCUGAGGAUUCUGGUUCCAAAUCAGAAGCACUUGGGAAACCAUGUGACAGGGCUGAAGACUCUAGAAGCACUAGGCAUUGCAGAGACAACGAAGCUGUUGACAGUGACAUGGAGCCCUAUGCAGAGAUGUCUGUUGAUGCGAACCAUUUAAAGAAGCCAAGAUGUUCAGAGAUUACUGGGAUCUGUGAUGAAACUUCAAUAUUGGCCCAUUCGAUUAUUGGGCAGAUUUUAGAUGAAUGGUUGCCUGCGGAGAACAAUGAAGUGGACAAGCUGACUAGAGGCCAUCUUGGAGGGGGAUUGAUGCCUCAAGGUCCCCAAGAUGAUGAUAAUAGGCCCGCUAAUUCAGCAGAGAACAUAGAAGGUGAAAUUUUUAUUCGUGCUGUGGAACGUGUCUUGCCUAAUUUGCCAAAAAGUUGCAUAGACAAAGUCAAGAGGCUAAUGAGCUGA